UGGACCUGAUGUGACCGGGUCUCUCUGUCCUUCUGUCCUGGAGAGGAACAUUGUUGUCAUGAGGCUGAGAAGCACAACGAAUCUGCUGGUGACGACGAUGAUGGUUCUGCUGGACUUCCCAAACCGUCUGAUUUCAGACAUUGUGUCUCCAGACGUUCGGAUGCUGUCGGCUCCCAGCGGAGUUUCCAUGGAGUCUGUUGACUUGACUCACGUGCUGAAGUGGCGUCCGCUGCAGUCACCCUGCAACACGACAGUCCUUUACUCCGUCCAGUUCCAGGGGGAGUUUGAGCUGUCGGUCUUGAACGGCAGCUGGGUGGACGCUCCCCAGUGCCAGCAGACUCGUCACACUCACUGUGAUCUGACCUUUGACCUGGGCUCCGACUCCGACUACAACCUCCACGUCAGAGCGCAGUGCGGGUCCACACUGUCGCCCUGGACCGACCUCAGCCCACCUUUCAACCGCAGAGACACGGUGCUGACAGUGCCGGAGAUGGUGGUGACGGCGGUGGGCGACGUCCUUCAGGUGUCGUUCAACAAGCUUCCUCAUCCUGCUGUCGUCAGCGUGACGGUGUGGAAGAAAGGCGACGAGCAGCAGCCUUCUAUCUACAUGUUGUCAGCUGAGCAGACGAUGCUUCCUGUCGCCGCCCUGCAGGAAGGAGCAGAGUACUGCAUCAGAGCUCAGACGGUCCUGAACUCACAGAUCCACAGCAGCAGCACUGCCACCCAGUGUGUGUCCAUCACAGCUCCAGACGCUGCCUGGAAGAAGCCGACCACUGUGACCCUGACUGUCAUCACCAUGGCGGGCCUCUUGUUCGCUGUGUUCUGGUCCGUCGUUCACUGUCGUCCAGAUGCCUGUCAAACAUAUUUUAACAAAGAGCCACUGCCCCGCACACUGCAACCUGAUAGGAACAUUCAAAUCCAAAUCAGCCCUGAGGAGGUGGAGCUCUGUGACCCGAUCCACGUGGUGCCGAGCGUCGACUCUCCCGACUGUCGAGCCGAAGAUCUCAAACAUUAAAAGGUCACGACACAUCUGAAGUUCUGCUCUUCAUUUUUCAGAGGAACAUUAAAGUUUGUUGAAGACGCUGCCGAACUCAGCUCUCCUGGGAAUUUUGUUUGUGGUGGAUUCGAAUGUUGUUGAAGAGACCUUUUUUCAACAAGAACAUGAGUUGAUUAAUUUUUAAUGCAUGGUUACCUUUAAAACACAUAUUCAGGUAAAAAUUACCUUCAGAAAACUGUAUAUUCAAAGUCCCCUGAGUUGAAUAUUCUGUAUAAAGAUGUUAACUUGAUAACAUUUUGUUCAUGUUGCUGCCAUGUAGUGCUGUAUGUUUUCUGUUCUUAUGGUGUUUUACUGUAUUUCAUGUUUCCCUGCUGAAGUUAACUGAAAAUGAGUGUUGGUGUCAGUUUUAACGAAGAGACAUGAAGGUGAUUUUCUAACACUAAUAUUUAGUGUAAUUAAAUGUAAAAUGUUGAAAUACCAAAACUUCUGAUGGUUUUAUGAAAACUAAAAUAAACAAAUACAACACUGAGAAGACUGUUUGACAAAAAUUGGUUCAAUAUUCAAUAUUUUUAUGUUGGUUAAAAGCAAACACAACAACUAUUAUUAAUGCUCGAUCAAGCAUCUUAACUUGAAUCUAAGUAGUGGAACCUCUUUUUAAUGAACCUGGUAUGAAGGUGAUAUUUUAAACUAAUGUACAAGUUUAAAUACCAAAACUCCAGAAGAAAUCCCAGAUAAGCAAGUUUAGGAAUGAAAUUCAUCCACUGAUUCAUAGACUGUUUACCAAUAAAAGGUUCAAUAU